UCUUUUGGCGGGAAACAUUUCCCCAAUUGAGUGUUUAGUUAGACCACGGCACCGCUUCGUCCUCCGCAUUGAGAUCCCAGCAUGGAAGAAGCUACGCAUCACGAGCAAGGAGAGCAAGAAGAAGAAGGGGGCGGGGAAGCGCUGGUCCCGUCGUUCCCGACGGGCCGGGUGAAGAAGAUCGUGAAGCUUGAUAACGAGAUCCGCAAGCUGAACUCGGAGGCCCUCUUCCUCAUCUCCCUCUCCGCCGACCUCUUCCUCGACUCCCUCGUCCUCGGCGCCCGAUCCGCAGUUAUUCAGAAGAAGCGACGCACCAUCAAGCCCGACCACAUCCGCUCGGCGGUUCGCGCCCACCGACCCACGGCCGAUUUCCUCCUCGAUUGCCUACCCAAGGCGACUCCGCCGCCUCCCAAACCCGCGUCGGGCGCCAAGACCAGAUCCGCCGAGGGGAAGCCCCUGCCGUCCGGCACCCGCCGCAUUGAUGAAUUCUUCCGGAAACCCUCGUAGGUUUGAACGCGAUCAUGGUACGUCUCGGUGAGUCUCUCCAGUGUUUUUUUCCUAGACAUGUAGAAGUGCGUAUCCUUGUGAAUUGAAUGGUCAGGAGUAACUGACAGUUGUUCUUUUUUUUUGGAAUUGAUACUUGGCAACAGUUUGAUGUCUUGCAAUGAUCUGUGUUUUUUCGGUUAUGAUCUCUGUAGCUGUUGUUAUUGAUUAGAUCAUUAAUUUGUUUGAUUGA